AUGCAGAAUUCGUGCAAAGCUGCAUUUGAAACAAGACCUAUGAUUGGGCCCCGCAUGUCAUUCUGACAAAUCCCCAAGGCCUAAACCCUUCUCGCUGUCCCCCAUUUGCAGUUUCCCCUUCUCUUCCCUCCCCUCGCCCAAAUCCCACCGCCAUUCUUGAUUUCUUGAGCUCCGCCUCCCCAAAUCCAAUGUGAUCACCAACGCGUCGCCAUGCCUCCACUACGCUCCUCCGUCCCCUUCUUCUUUUUCCUCCUCCUCGCCGUCAGCCUCCCGCGCGCCGCGGCGCUGGCCAAGCACCGCCCCACCGCGUCCAUCACCACCCCACCCUCCUCCUACGUCCGCAUCUCGUGGGCGAGCAACCUCACGCUCCUGGGCUCCGCGUCCCUCCUCCCGGGCGCGGCCGCUGUCGCGCUCACCACCCCGUCCCGCGACGGCAUCGGCGCCGGCCGCGCGCUCUUCUCGGAGCCCAUCCGCCUCCUCCUACCCUCCGCCGCGCCCGCCUCCUUCUCCACCCGCUUCACCUUCCGCAUCACGCCCGCGCCCACCUACGGCGACGGCCUCGCCUUCCUCCUCACCUCCUCUCGCACCUUCCUCGGAGCCUCCAACGGGUUCCUUGGCCUGUUCCCCUCCUCCUCCGCCUCCGACGAGGGUGAGGCCGACCUCCGCGGCGUCUCCACCGUCGCCAUCGAGCUCGACACCCACCGCGAUGUGGCCCUGCGCGACCCGAACGGCAACCACGUCGCGCUCGACGCGGGAUCCAUCUUCUCCGUCGCGUCCGCGAGCCCCGGCGUCGACCUCAAGGCCGGCGUGCCCAUCACCGCCUGGGUGGAGUACCUCGCGCCGCGCCGCCGCCUCAGCGUGUGGCUCUCGUAUUCGUCCUUCCGCCGCCCCGAGAAGCCGGCCCUCUCUGCUGACGUCGACCUCUCUGGCCUCCUGCGCACGUACAUGUACGCCGGCUUCUCGGCGUCCAAUGGCAACGGCGCUGCGCUUCAUGUUAUCGAACGCUGGACCUUCCGCACUUUCGGCUUCGCCAACUCAUCCCAGGCUUCGCCACCGUCCGAGCCCCCGGUGCCGCCCAACAAACCACUGCCGUUUACAGGAAACCACCACAGCCGCCGCCACCUAUUCUACAAGGUGCUCGGCGGAGUCCUUGGUGGCGUUGUGUUGCUGGUUCUUGUCAUCGUCGGUUCUGUUGUUUGGCUCUCCAGGCCAAUUCGCCACACAAGUAAAGAACCUGUGGUGCCGAGCGAGGACAAGCCUUAUGGGACAAUGUCUAUGGAGGUGGUGCGGGCAGCAACGAAGAACUUUGACAGUGGCAAUGUGAUAGGCGUUGGGGGCUCUGGUGCCACUGUGUAUGAGGGAGUGCUUCUGUCCGGGUCAAGGGUUGCUGUCAAACGGUUCCAGGCUAUUUGGCCGUGCACGAAGGCAUUUGUGAGUGAGCUUGCUGCCAUGCUUAAUUGCCCGCAUCACCCCAAUCUUGUGCGGCUUGCUGGGUGGUGCUGCAGUAAGGAUGAGCUCGUGCUUGUUUAUGAGUUCAUGCCCAAUGGAAAUCUUGACUCUGCACUGCACACACCGGGUGGAGCAACACUUCCCUGGGAGGCACGGUUCAGGGCAGUGCUUGGUGUUGCAUCCGCACUUGAAUAUCUGCAUGAUGAGUGUGAUCGCCGGAUUCUGCAUCGUGAUGUCAAGUCAUCAAAUGUGCUGCUCGACGGGGAGUUCAAUGCCCGGCUUGGUGAUUUUGGGCUUGCACGCCUGGUGAGCCAUGGUGGGUUGCCACUGACAACACAGCCAGCAGGCACGCUGGGGUACCUUGCUCCAGAGUAUGUGCAUUCAGGUGUUGCAACAGAGAGGUCUGAUGUUUACAGCUUUGGUGUGCUUGCUCUAGAGGUGGCCACUGGCCGGAGGCCUACAGAAAGGGGAGUCUCUGUUAUUGACUGGGUAUGGGUUCUCUGGGGUCGUCGGAGGCUUGUUGAUGCAGCAGACCAGCGGCUUCAGGGACGAUUUGUUGGAGAGGAGAUGAGACGGGUUCUGCUUGUGGGUCUGUCUUGUGUGCAUCCAGACUGUCGGAAGCGGCCUGGUAUGCGAAGGGUAGUCAGGAUGCUUGAUGGGACUGCACCGUUGACAUUGGUGCCAGAUAAGAAGCCACCAGUUAUGCUGCAGACACAAGUAAACCAAGCUUCAUCAAUGAACUCUGCAGAUACUGUCAAUACUGCAUUCUACAGCUGUCGCUGAACAUAAGUGUCAAUAGUUUAUGCAGAAAGCUAUAGAGACAGUGAAAAGGUUCUUUCAGAUUGUUUAGAGACUAUUUGUAUGAUUUGGGCUUUCAUCUAAAGUUCAUGGAUAGGUUGAUGCUUCUGCGGCACAAACAUAUGAACAAAAUGGAGAGUUGUGCUACAGCCUACAGGGCACUCUGGUAAGGUGACCAGAAUACGUUUCACUGGUGCCCAGCAUUUCACUAUAUAUGUACGCCAGUCUUCUGUAAAAAGGAAAGGCAUUUCCUUUAAAAUACUGAAGCUGAGUCGUUUGCCAAAUUUCCUUAUCGUUUCCAUUUUUUUAUCUUUGUUUUGCUAAGAAGUCGAAGGGUUAUGCAUUACUACUGCUUUCCAAUGAUCUUGUCCUGGGAAAUUAUAGACUACUUUCUCCGUAACAUUGCAAAUCUCUGUUGCUGAAGGUGGGUUACGUUGAACUCAUUAUU